AUGAAAUUAAAUAGGUAGUUUAGACGAUUUUAUUUAUAACAAUAAUUGCCUUCCAGAUUUUCUAGGUUAUAUAUACAUCAAAUAACUGGCCACAGGUAAAAUAUCGAAAACAUAGUAGCAAUUCAAACAGUACAUGGUUUAUAAUAUGCUCAUAAGGACAUAAAACCCGAUAACGUACUUUUAGACGAAAACUUUAAUCUAAAAUUAGGUGACUUUGGCUUAACAGACAACAAAGCUGAAGCAAAUGAUGGAGUGGGAACUGUAUCUUAUAUGGCACCAGAAGUAGGUACUGGGAAGUUUUAUCUUACAUAAAAGGCUGAUAUUUUUUCAUUAGGAUCCUCAUUUAUUGAGAUUAAAACAGGUGUAAAUCCAUUUUCGAAUAACGAUCGUGAAUAAGUAUAUCAGGAUCUCCUAUAAUAACCCGAAAAAUUUUGGACUAAUUUUGAGUAACAUCUUAAAAAAGAAAAAAAUUUAACAUUACAUAUCGAGAAAGAAUUUAAAAUUCUAAUACAAAAUAUGCUUAAUGAUGUUCCAGAAAAAAGACCAAGUAUAGAUUAGGUGUUGAGUAGCAGUUAUUUGAAUUUAUAUCAAACUACUGAAGACUAAAUAAUUACAUAUAUGUAGCAACAUUUGCAACUAAAGGCUCUUUAUGAGAUAGAUUUAACUAAGGUUUAAGGGGCAAACGGCUAGGCUAUUUCUGAAACAAUGGAAAUAGAAUAAGUAGGUUUGAACGAGUUUAGGUUUAGAAAUAUUAAUAAAGCUAAGAACUUCCAAAAGAAUGUAACGAACUUCUUCAAAAAAAUUAUGAUAGAAAGUGAGAACAUAGUAUUUGAGACAAAUGAGACAUUGGAUGAUGUUAUGAAAUCUAAUAUUGAUAUAAAAGAGCAACAAGGAAGAUAGCUUAGCAAAUUUUUGAUUAGAGAUUUAGACAAAACUUGUUAAUUUGGAGUGAUAUUAGAAUUAAUGGUUGAUGUAGUAAACCUAUACAUCAUUGAUGUUAAAGGAGCAAGAAAAAAUUUGAAUAUUUCAAAAAAAUAUUUAAGGGAUUCAUUAAGGAAGAAGAUGAAAAAAGUAGAAACACAAGAUAUUUGA